GAGCCUCUCUGAGUACUUUGGUAACAGUUGAGGUCAAACUGGCCCUGUCUCAGGGUUACAAAAUACUGGAGAUCUAUGAAAUGUGGCAUUUUAAUAAGAUAUCACAGAUAUGACCAAAACUCCAAAUGUGGCGGCAUAUUUACAGAAUACAUAAAUACUUUUCUGAAGGUGAAGCAAGAGGCAAGCGGAUGGCCAGAUUGGUGUACACAUGAGAAAAGAAAACAAAUGUACAUCCAACAAUACUUUGAGAAAGAAGGUAUAUUCCUAAACUAUGACAAAAUAUACAAAAAUCCAGGCCUUCGAUCCUUGGCUAAGCUGAUGCUCAACUCCUUCUUGGGCAAGUUUGUCCAACAUACAAACCUAGCACAAACGUCUUACGUAACAGAUACAAAGGAGUUCUUUAACUUUAUGACAAGCGAUCAACAAGAAAUAAAGAAUAUCCGCUUUGUAAAUGAAGAAACUGUGCAGUUAGACUGGACAUACAAUGAAGAUUUUAUUGAGGCUUCUAGUUACUUGCAAUGCCUUUGUAAUUGCUCAAUUUUGGUUGUGUAUUUUAUUUGAUUUUUCUCGGUUCACACUCAUUUUUUAGUUGUUGUAAUUUCUCCUUGUGGUUUACCUUGGCAGAGCACCAUUUGUAUUAGUGUAGUGUUUCAAUUUUGUGUUACGAACCUUUAAAUAUGGCUUUCUGGUAUGGCAAAUAUGAAAGAGAAAGUCCUCGGGAGAGGGAAAGGGAUGUGUUGGAUCAAAUUACAGAUAGGAUAGAUUCCUUUUCAAUCCGUGAUCGUACACGGAGGGAAAAAUAUGACUCCUUCCCUGAUAGAGACUGUGAGUGGUCGCCAGAAAGGAGGUGUCCACUGCAUACCGGACAUGAGCAGUACAGACGGGAGCCAUAUGAAGAUGGUCAUUUAGAGGGUAGAGGGCGUCCCGGUUCUCAACGACCACUGUCUAAGGUGUCUAACCCACCAAGAACUUUACAUUAUGAUGGAAAAACAAAUUGGGCGGCGUUUAGUACCAAGUUCGGCAAGUAUGCCAAAGCCUCCCAGUUAUCAUCUGAGGAGUGUAAGGACACUUUAUGCUGGUGUUUGGAGGGAAAGGCCAGUGAGUAUUAUGCUCUGGUAAUGGAGCAAUCUCCUGAUUUUGAAUUUUAUGAUUUAAUGCAGCGUUUUGAGAAACAGUUUGGCCUGAAGGAGUUAUUGGAGACAGCUGCCAUCCGUUUUGACAAUGCUCGACAAUUCCCAGAAGAGUCAUUAGAUGAUUGGGCAGACAGAGUUUUAAGUCUAGCCACUAAAGCAUUUCGUGAACUCCCUGAACAGUACAUGUACCGGAAAACCACUUUGCGUUUCUGUUUGGGUUGUUCCGAUCGCGAAGCGGGUGAGAGUGUAGCGAACCAGCGACCACGUUCCAUAGAAGAUGCACUAGACAAGAUACGGUGGGCGAUCCAUAUGCACAAUCCGAUUCAUGGUCGUUCCUGGAAAGAAGUUAGGGAAGUGGCUUUGGAGGAGGACAUUAUUCCAGAUAAAUUUGCAACUACAUUUCGUCCUUCAGGAACAUCUUUGUCCCCAAGGGUGUCGUUCUCCUUACCGAAAAUGAAAGAGGAAGGGAAACAAAGUAUGGAAGAUCCAGAAAAGAGAAUCAGAUGUCUGGAGAACAAAAUGGAUAAGAUGGUUUCUAAGACCCAAAUAGAGAGUCUAGAAAGAAGAAUGAUGCACAUGGAAAGUGCAGUCCAUGAACUUGGGAAUAAUAUGAAACGUGUUAUGAAUGACCUUGCAAGAAUGCGUUGGGCAUCAAGGCGCCGGUCGCCAUCUCCCUCCCCAAAUAAUGACAUAAAGAGUUUUAGAUGUAAAAGUGAGGAUCACUUCAUCAGAAAUUGCCCGGUUGAAGCAUCUGAAGGGGAAAGACCAAAAGUUGUAAAAGCUGUUUCAUUUGAAGAAUCUUUAAACCUCCAGGGGUCGAGGGAGGAGGCCAUAUCCCGACCCAGGGGCAAGAUCCGGCCGAUGAUGUGGUUGAAGUAGGCAAGAUGCAUGGUGUGGGAGUGAUGGAGGUAACCUAUAAUGGAACUGAAAGGCCUGGUGGAAGCAGUGCCUGCAUAGAUAAAUAUUGCGAUGAGACUAGGGGGCAUAUGUGGCAUUUGGUAGAAAUGGGAGUGCCUGAUGAACAGUUUGCACUCAAUCCACAUGAACAAGGCGGACACACGUUUGACCAAGUGGAUGAUCAGCAAGCAGAUGACACAGACAUUGUGAUUUGUCAAUUAUAUUAUAAAUCUCUUUUACAUGUUGAUAUGAAAGUACAGGAUGCAGGCAUAACUGCUGUAGUACUUGGGUAACAGUUGAGGUCAAACUGGCCCUAUCUCAGGGUUACAAAAUACUGGAAAUGUAUGAAGUGUGGCAUUUUAAUAAGGUAUCACAGAUAUGACCAAAACUCCAAAUGUGGCGGCAUAUUUACAGAAUACAUAAAUACUUUUCUGAAGGUGAAGCAAGAGGCAAGCGGAUGACCAGAUUGGUGUACAGAUGGGAAAAGAAAACAAAUGAACAUCCAACAAUACUUUGAGAAAGAAGGUAUUCUCCUAGACUAUGACAGAAUAUACAAAAAUCCAGGCCUUCGAUCCUUGGCUAAGCUGAUGCUGAACUCCUUCUGGGGAAAGUUUGGUCAACGUACAAACCUAGCACAGACGUCAUACGUAACAGAUACAAAGGAGUUCUUUGACUUUAUGACUAGCGAUCAACAAGAAAUAAAGAAUAUCCGCUUUGUUAAUGAAGAAACUGUGCAGUUAGACUGGACAUUCAAUGAAGAAUUUAUUGAGACUUCUUCUCGAACAAACCUUGUUAUAGCUGCAUAUACAAAAGCACAGGCGAGACUAAUUUUUUUUUAUUUCACCCACCACUAGUUUCUGACCUUUUCAUUGGAUUAGAGAAGUCACAUGGUGACCCACUGUUUUUCUAUAGUGGCUCAGUAAAGUCAACAGUCGACAAAAAUGACCUCCAUUCAUCGAUUCUUCCUUUAAAACCACUUCUUGUAUCACGAAAAUUACUACAAAUAUUAUAAAUGUAAAAUUUGUUAGUUGCCCUGUCUGCAUUGACACGACCGGUUUGGAAAAGACGAAAUAGUCAAAUACAACGUGAGCAAGUGCAUUCCCUUGCCGACCUUGACCUGUCAAUUAUUGUCAUCAGGCAAAAACCGAUAAAAUGGCUUCCGGGUUAAGAUUUGGAGAAACAUCAGCAUUAAACAAGAAGAGAGACGUUUGAAUUUAAAGGCAGGGAAGACUUUAAAGGCAAAUAAAUUUUCGGCUAAAUUCUGAAGGAUUAUUUGUCAGAGUAGGAAACUACGGAAAAAUGGGGGGGUCUGUGAAAUGUAUAGAUUUUACACACCCCCCAUUUUUCUGUAGUGAGUCAGUAAAAGACCAAAUAACUAAUAAUAGUUACUUACAACGCCUUAGCAUCAUGUGAACACAACCUGUCCUGUGACAAAGAUUAAAUUAUAUUUGCAUCCAGAUCAGGGCAGUGGAAACCUCCACUAGGAGAUUUUCUCGGGGAUAUGACAGACGAGGUUUCGGGAAACAAAAUUUGUUACUGGUGGACCAAAAAACUAUGCAUAUAAAACAAAAUGUUGUGAUAAAAAUGGUUAUACAUCAUUCUGCAAAGUGAAAGGUAUCACUCUUAACUUUAAAAACUCCCUCAAAAUAAAUUACGCUAUGGCGGUGGACAUGAUUAGAGGGUCAUCCAUCGGUAACUUCUGCCCAGGUUUCAGAUGUGAAAAUAUGCCGGGAUAUCACUAACACCACACUUGUCACGAGACAAGAAACAAAGGACUAUAGAAUAGUGUUUGACAAAAGGGUAAUCGAUAAGGAUUACCUCACAUAUCCUUAUGGAUACUAACCCUAUUUCAUAUAAAACGAUGGUCUAACAUCCUAUUUUGUAUACAUAUAUAUAUAUAUAUAUAUAUAUAUAUAUAUAUAGCUGGUUUAUAAAAUGGACUAUAUAUGCUACACUAUGAGUUAUAUGUACAUGUAUUUAAAAUGUCUUGUAAAUAAACUAUAAAAUGAAAUUUUGCUAUUUUUAUUUGGUGUGUAAGUUUACUUUAGCUGUGGUUUUAUGCACUUAAAUAGUAUAUUGCAAUAAGACAUUAACCGAGGUCGAUUGCAGUAUUUUGCAAUAUGUACGUCUGUGUAAAAUGUGUACAUUAUUGAUUUCAAUAUCAACGGGUAUAACAAAUUAAAUGAUAAAACAUAUAACAGAGUCUGACUUAAACCACCCACACAAAAUGGUGCCAAUAUAGUCACUGCUACUGUUGAUUCUGAAUGUUUGACUUCAAACCGGAUUGCAUCAUUUAUAUAGCAUAAGAAGGGGUCAGUGGAAGCAUUUUGCCCUGGAUUGGCAUGAUUGACUAAUUUCCAAGCCCAAACUAUGAUCAACAUACAUUGCGCUUCUUUUUGCAGAAAGAAGGGUGUCACAUUUCAAAGAAGGCAUGUAAUUUGAUUACCAUAUGUGUAAACAUGUAAAUCUGCCUUCUGUGGAUAUAUUUGUUACCAUUACCAUUUUGUCACACAGCUAUAUAUAUUUCAGACACUGUACAAGAUCAGUGUUGUACCAGACAGUUGACAGUAAUUGCUUAUAUAUACUAUCAUAUAGUAUGCACUUAACAUUCAAAUACAUCCUCCGUUUCAUCAGAGCAAAACUUUGUUUCAGUCGAUUCCCUUUAUAGCGAAGUAAAUACUGAAUUCAUAUCUAACAAUACUGCUCAAGAACGUGUUUCAUUGGGAGCUUUCUCAGCAAUUCACCCCCUGUUAGAUCAGAAACUUACUGACAAAAUUUUUAAUCAAGAAUAUGUUAAUUUUGCAUCUAUCACCCACAAGGACCAUUAUGAAGAAACAAUGACCAUCCGAAAAAUUCCAGUGUAACUUCAAUAGAGGAAGCAUCUGCUAAAAAAAUCAAAUCAAAUUUUGCUUUUUAAAUCUACUCAGACGUAUACUCAGUGGUUGUUCUCAUUUCAAUUAGUUAGUGUAACAUAAUCUGUCUUCACUUGAAAUGCGGCAGAAGUUGCGCAGUAAGUCAUUGCAAUUUCCAAGCCCACGCAGAUGAUCAACAAGCAGCAGCUUCUCUGUCUAAUAUUUUUCCUCCUACCUACCCCACCUUCUUUCUGCCUGUCCAACCUUACUCAUAUUGUUUACACUUUACAUAUGUCCAACUUUGGAUUAUGUGUAUAUAUUGUAUAGUCAGAAAGGACCUUUUUGUAAGCCCAACUAUAUGGGACUUGCACUUAUUAAAUUGUGUUCAUCGUUAAUAAUCACACUUAAUAAGUAAGUGUUCUGAUCUCCCAAGUGAUUCCAUUCUGUGUUAAAAAUGGGGCCAUGAGGAAAGAGUUUGUUUACAAGAAACAACAUCAGGGGCGUUAAUUAUAAUUUAAGAUGGGCAAUACUGCAGUGUCUUAAAAAAGACAUCAAUUUAAUAUGUCAGAGGAAAAUCCAACAGCCCUUGUCAAGAUCGAAGAAUCCUUUAAGGAAUUCAUCUACAUCUGCCUGAUGGUUUACAUGGUUUUGGUGUCCAUUGGAAAAUUCAAGGAUCAAAGUGGGAACUUUGAGAGUAGACUUCACUUCCCUACCAUUUAUAAAUCCCUCAGAUCCUUAGUACCAACUGGGUACACGCCUUAUGGGUUAAUGCUGGGUUGGGAACUUUCCCUCUCUAGUGAUCUUAUGUUCCCAUUGCCACACCAAGAGGAGAUGGUAUUGGAUAAUGAUAUGUAUCUGAUAUGAGCAAGACCACUCAAAGGGCAUUGUGGUUGCCAGAGAUAAGUUGCCCACUUACACCUUAUAGAUGUAAAGGAUGGCUAGAGGCCAGGUUGAUGAAACAUUCAAGGAAAGCACACAAAUGGCAUGGCGCAGUUGGGGAAAUGGAAGAUUUUGAAAACUGGCUCGCUCGCACAAGGAUUGCUAUGUAUGGCACCAAAAUUUCGAGAAUGGCUACCAGUUAACCAGUCUAGAUGCCUGUCAUUCAUGUUGCACAGAAUUAAAGGCCAUUAAGCAGCAAGUUCAACUUUUGAUGACAGAGGUAUGUAUUAUUCCAUGUAAGAAGAAUUGAGCUGAAGAAAAAAAUCAAAAUUAUAUAUAUUAAUACUGAGCAUUUUAUCUUGUAACAUAUCAAUUGAUGAAGUGAUCAUGAUUCAUUACAUAGCUACAUGUAUAUAUAUAUAUGUAUUAAUAUGACUUGUUCAAAACUUAGUGUUUGUUUUCUUCGUUUGUUUUUGGUUCAUGCCUAGAGGAAAAAUGUACAGGAAAAAACACUGUGACUGCCAAGAAAGAAGUCAUUGACAUUGUUGUUGAUGUAGAUUUUGUUAAAAAGGAAUGUAGCCACUCUAAGAGUAUUGUUGAGAGAAAGUACGAUGAGAUGAAAGUGAAAGUAAUGGCAACUGACAAAGAGAAAAACUCAACUUUCUU